CAGGUAGCCAGUCUCCUUGCGCGCAGCGAUCCCACUGCGGCCCACGGCUUCAACAGUCUUCCAGGCCUCAACCAGUUCUCGACGUCCACACGCGCCAAAGCGGAUUCGUGCAUGCACAUAAACCACACGCGCCAUGGACUUCCUCAAGUCGGCUGUCGCCUCGGCGAUGGCCAAAGGCCCGCCGUUCCCCUACACGUUUGGCGACAAGGUCGAUCUGGACCCCUCCAUCUGGACGCUCUACAACGGCACGCGGCGGGAGGACGGCUCAAACUGUAGCAUCUUCUCGUUCGACAUCUCUGCCAACCGAUCUGCCCUCCCGCUUGCGAAGAACGCGUUGAAAAAGCUCCGAACGCUGCGGCACCCCGGCGUCAUCAAGGUGCUCGACACGGCCGAGUCAGAUACAUACAUCUAUAUUGCGACGGAGCGGGUAGUACCACUGCGCUGGCACGUCAAGCGCAAGAGUCUGAGCCCAGAAACGACAAAAUGGGGGCUCUAUAACAUUGCGAGGACAAUCAAGUUCAUCAACGACGAGGCCGCAUCAGUCCACGGCAACCUGAAGGUUGCUUCGGUCUACACAACCGAGAGUGGCGAGUGGAAGCUGGGCGGCUUCGAGGUGCUCAGCAACGUCAAAGAGGACGAGGCCGUGAUAUAUACAUAUGGCAGCCUCGUGCCGGACUCGGGACGGUACACGCCCCCUGAACUCGCCAAGUCGGGUUGGGAUGCCCUCAAGCGCAGCCCGCAUUCGGCCGUCGACGCUUACCAAUUGGGCGCCUUGAUCUUCGAGGUCUUUAACGGCACUUUCAAUGGCGGCGAUCAGGCCGGGCAAACAAAAAACAUUCCCCCAAGCAUGCAUGCUAGCUACAAGCGCCUCACCAACGCCAACCCCAAAGCGAGACUGAGCGUCGCCCACUUCCUCGAGCAAGGCCGUCGAAACGGCGCCUUCUUCGACACCGCUCUAAUCAAACUCACCGACGGCAUCGAGAACCUGGGUGUAAAAACAGAGGAGGAACGAGAAGCCUUCCUAGACGAUCUGGAGCAACUGACGGAUGACUUCCCCGAGGACUUCUUCAAGAUGAAAGUCUUACCUGAACUGCUCAAGUCUGUAGAAUUCGGUGGCGGCGGUCCCAAGGCAUUUGGACUGGUGAUGAAGAUCGCGACCAAGUUGUCGAAUGAAGACUUCGACGUCAAGGUCACUCCAGUCCUCAUUCGGCUAUUUAGCAACCCGGACCGGGCGAUUAGAGUGUGCUUGUUAGAUAACCUGCCACUCAUGAUUGACCGGUUGUCUCAAAAAGUCGUAAAUGACAAAAUAUUUCCCCAGAUAGUUACCGGUUUCACGGACGUCGCUCCUGUUGUAAGAGAACAGACGCUCAAGUCCGUGCUUACGUUCGUCCCAAAACUCUCCGAUCGGACCAUCAACGGAGAGUUGCUGAAAUACCUGGCCAAAACCGCCAACGACGAGCAGCCGGGCAUCCGCACCAACACGACGAUCUGUCUUGGCAAAAUCGCCAAGCACUUGGGGUCAUCCUCGAGGGCAAAAGUCCUGAUCGCCGCCUUCACCCGCUCACUCCGCGAUCCCUUCGUCCACGCCCGCAACGCCGCCCUGAUGGCGCUGGCGGUAACAUCCGAGUACUUUUCGGAUGAGGAUUGCGCAGUCCGCAUCCUGCCAGCUGUCUGCCCCUCCCUCAUCGACAAGGAGAAGCUCAUCCGCGACCAAGCAAGCAAGACAGUCGACGUCUACCUCGCCAAGGUCAGAAAGGCCGCCGCCAGCAUGCCCGACUCCGCUCUUCCUCGCGAGAGCUCCGCCGCCGCCGCGGGCGGACCAAGAAUGAGCACGCCACAGCCCGCCGAGUCCGCGGCAGCCUCCUGGGCCGGCUGGGCCAUCUCCUCCUUCACCAACAAACUCUCCGCGGCGGCGGGCGAGAUCCAGCCAUCGACUACGCCCGUCAACGGCUCAGCUCCGCCGCCUCCUUCAUCCGCGAAACGUCCCGCCGCAGUCUCCCAACCCGCCUCCACCUCCUCCGCCUCCACCACCCUCCACCGCCAGGCCGUCAAAUCCUCGCCACCAUCCGCCCCGCUGACUUCGAAAAACCCCUUCUUCCAGGACGACGUCGAACCCGCAGCGGAUGACGACGCGGCCGACGCGUGGGGCGACAUGGACGACAUGGACGACGAGGCGGAGCCAUCCCAGCCGCAGCCCGCGGCGGACGACGCCGCCGCCGACACCGGCGACGGCGAAGACGCCAGCGCUUUCUUUGCCGGCGGCAGCAGCAGCAGCGCUAAUAAUAAGCCUUCCAAACCGCUCUCUUCGGCGGCCAGCAACAAAAAGGUGGGCGGCGGCGGUGUUGUGAGCGCGACCCCCUUCGACGACGGCUCCGAGCCCGACUUUGCCGGGUGGCUGGCCGCGCAGGCGGAGAAGAAGAAGAGCGCGCUCAAGAGCGGGGCAGGGAAGGCGCUGCCCAAGGGGUUGGCCAAGGCCAGUGCUGGCGCUGGUGCUGGCGCUGGAGUUGGUACUGGUGCUAGUGGCGGCAAUGUCGGCGCGAAGAAACCUGUUGCGACGGCGGCGGCGGCGGCGAAGACCAAGGCGGCGACACCGGCAGCGGCGCCGGCAAAGAAGAAGAUUGAUUUGAAGCCGAAGGAGACGGAUGAUGAUGACGACGGGUGGGGAGGGUGGUGAUGGAUGGAUGGAAUGGGUGGGGUGGUGGCUGAGUGAGGGCUGUUUCUAUAAAGGAGAACUAGAGGGUGGUGGAUUGGGUAUAGGUAAGGUAACUAUGGGCUGUCAAGUACGCUAGGGAUAGU